GCGGCGGCGGCGGCGGCGGCUGAAGGGGCGGCCCGGGAGCUGGGGCUGGGACUGGCGGGGGUGGCGCGUCGGCGUUGCCGUCGGUCAUGUUCCCCUUCGGGCCCAGCAGCCCCGUCGGGGUUGAGGAGGAACUAGCUGGGGAUGACCUGGGCUUCGUGAGCCGAAGCGAGGGGCGGUCGCACGAGGGGAGCGGAGCGGCGGCGUCCGGGCCUGCCUCCUCUCCUUCCUCUCCGCAGCCCAGCGACCCCUCCUCUAGCCCUCCCCGAGAACCCCGCGAGCCGCGAGACCCCCGCGAUCCUCGCACGCCUUUUCUGACAGUCACCGCCGGCCCGGCGACGGCGGCGACCUCGGCGGCGACUUCGCGCUCUGGGGAGCUCGCGACUGGAGCCAAGGGCGAGCCGAGCCCCGGGUCCCCGCGCGCCCCCCUCGUCCCUUCCUCCCCCCCCGAUUCUCCCACGGCCCACUCCACGGCCGCCGCCGUCGCAGCCUGCCCAUCCGCCUUCACCUUCUUCUCCAGUCGUGUCGCCGCCGCCGCCUCCGGCUCGGGCUCGGGCUCCCCGGAGCCCAAGCGCGGGGGGGCCGGGCCGACAGGACGCCCCGUGGGCAUCCCGCUCUUCCGUUGGCUGAAGAGCCGCAGCCUGGGCCGGGGGCUCUACGUGGACCCAGCCCGAGACAACUUCCGCACGAUGACCAGCUUGUACAGCUCCAUCCACCCCGCGGAUUCGGUGUACCUCAGCACCCGCACUCACGGCGCAGUCUUCAACCUGGAGUACUCCCCCGACGGGUCAGUGUUGACAGUUGCUUGUGAACAGACUGAAGUUCUUCUUUUUGACCCCAUAUCUUCGAAGCAUAUAAAAACACUUUCUGAAGCUCAUGAAGACUGUGUAAAUAAUAUCAGGUGUCUUUUGUGGAUUUUUGAUGUAAUAGAACGGAGCUGGGGUUUCUCCAGGUUUCUGGAUAAUAGACUGUUUGCAACAUGCUCUGAUGACACUACAAUAGCCCUUUGGGAUCUGAGAAAAUUAAAUUCAAAAGUGUGCACUUUACAUGGUCAUACUAGUUGGGUGAAGAACAUUGAAUAUGACACUAAUACAAGACUCUUAGUUACAUCAGGAUUCGAUGGAAAUGUCAUCAUUUGGGACACUAACAGGUGCACAGAAGAUGGAUGCCCACAUAAGAAAUUCUUUCAUACACGCUUCCUUAUGCGGAUGAGGUUAACACCAGACUGUUCCAAAAUGCUGAUUUCAACCUCUUCUGGUUAUCUUCUGAUUUUACAUGAUCUUGACUUAACAAAAUCUUUAGAGGUUGGAAGCUAUCCAAUUUUGAGGGCAAGAAGAACUACAUCGAGUACAGAUGCAGCUACUUCUCCAAGUUCAUCUGCUCCUAGAACUUCUGGUUCACCUUGUCAUCAUAGUGAUUCUGGUUCAUUAUCUGACAAAAAUGUGUCAAGAUCCUCUCAACGAGAAGGUGUGUCACCUCGUAAUAGUCUUGAAGUUUUAACACCAGAAGUUCCUGGUGAAAGGGAUCGUGGUAACUGCAUUACAUCUUUACAACUACAUCCUAAAGGUUGGGCUACUCUUUUACGGUGUUCUAGUAAUACAGAUGAUCAGGAGUGGACCUGUGUCUAUGAAUUCCAAGAAGGGGCUCCAGUACGACCCGUCUCACCUCGUUGUUCUCUAAGAUUGACUCAUUAUAUUGAGGAAGCUAAUGUAGGCAGGGGAUACAUCAAAGAACUUUGUUUCAGCCCUGAUGGUCGAAUGAUUUCUUCCCCACAUGGCUAUGGGAUCCGCUUAUUGGGAUUUGACACUCAGUGCAAUGAACUUGUUGACUGCUUACCCCAAGAAGCUAGUCCUUUGCAGGAAAUUCGUUCUCUCUACUCUCACAAUGAUGUGGUUCUGACAACCAAGUUCUCUCCUACACAUUGUCAGAUUGCCUCAGGGUGCCUUAGUGGACGCGUAUCUUUGUAUCAGCCAAAGUUUUAGGCACAACUGACAUCAAAAAAGGAAUUCUUCUGGUGUUGGACUUCUAAAUUACUUCAGUUUAGGUGAAGUAUUUUCUUUAUAGAUCUUGUAAGUGUGGUUCAAGAUCCUCAUUCCUAGGGGUCCAUGAACAUCCUAACAAUGACAUAGGAGUACUCAGUCUAGCACUGGAUGUUUGAUACUACAUCUCUAAGUCAGACUCUAUGCAUUGUCUUUCCUCUUCAGCAUUCCUCUGCUCCUGCUGAUCCUGUGCCAUUGUUCCUCUGGUUAUGUUGCACAGUAGCUCUUGUCAGGACUUUUCUUUGGGUGUGACUCUUUGUAGACAUUGGGCAGGAUUUUUGGUUGGGGUAGAAGAAAACUGGUCCUAGUACCGAAUAAAACCUAGAACUUUGAUGUUGGCAUAUUGGUUGUUACAAACGAAAUUUUAUCUUGUCCAUUCAUUUGGCCCUUUUAAAUUGCCAUUAUUUCACUAUAAAGACUAGAUAAUGAAAAUGUUCUCAUACGUAUUAGAUUAGAUUUUAUCAUAAUGACCUUUGGAGUUUAUUAAAAUUGCUAUACUAGUUUUCACAACAUGAGGGAUUUUGUUUAUUGUAAAAUACUAGAAAAAUGUUGUCAUGUCUCUGUAAUUUGUUUCCUUUGUGUGAAGUUAAAUUGCUAGUUUCCUUACUGUGUAUACUUGUUUUUAUUGACAGCUCUGAGAAGUGAAGAAAGGGACUUUUUCCAGUGGUGCAAAAAAGGUUCUGCUGGCUUAGCAGAAAGCAUUUAUUAUUGAGAUGGGAGAAGCAUUUAGACACUUCUGUCAUCUUCUUUGCUGCAAUCUAUAUAGUGUAGUAGAAAUUGUUAUACUACCUGGGGCAAAUCAAUGAGUAAAGAUGCCCUCACUUACUCUGCUUUCUUCCCUUAUUCCCAUUGGGGAAAAUUGUGUGUAAGAAUACUGAGUUCUUUGAGAACUCUUAAUUUGUUUCAUUAGUGUUAUAUUUGUUAGUUGAGAACUCCAGCUCUAUUUCCAAGCUAAUUGUCUAGUUAUCAUAAUGAUAUUAUUGAUAUUGUGACUGUAUUGAAUGAAAUGUAAUAUAAGAGCACAUAUUGAAUAGGUUUCAUAUUUAAACAAGGGCUGGAAGUCCUUUCCCCCCUUUUCUUUUCCCUCCUUCCUUCCUUUUCCUCUUUUUUUUUUUUUAUCAUGGGCCUGAAAAUCAUUGGCCUAUGAGCAACAAUCAAGGGCCAUCCUCAAGAAAUGACAAUUAUUCACAGGUUGCCAUGCCAAUGCAAACAUCCUCUCACCCACUGUUAUUGCUAAGUAACUAUCAUUGGUACUUGCAUGUAUUAAAAUAUUACUUUAGUAGAUCUAUAUUUGUAGAAUACUUGUGAAGAGUUAGAUUAUAAAUUAAGUAGUAGCUCAGGCCUAGCUCUUGGACCAGAGAACACAUAUCCCAGCUUAGGCAGUAAACUUCAGAACUACAAAAAUAUUGAUAUAGUUAUACCAAAUGAAGCCAGUUUCAAAACCUAUUGAGCCAAUCGGAUUCUAAGAAUUUCAUUCAUAAAGAAAAAAGGGUAUUUUUUUUGUAUCUUAGUAUUUCAGUAAUCAAUAUAUAUGACAUUUCUUAAUAAGCCCUCAUAACCAAUCAUUCAAAUGUACAAAUGUGCCUCAUUUUAGCCAGUAGAUACAUUCCUCGUAUUUUGGGGAAAUUUCUGUCCACUUAAUCAUUUUCUCACUGAUUUGUAUUAUAUAAUUGGGAGAUGCUUUUCUGUAGAAAAAUGUUGCCACAAGAAAUAAUAAAAACCACUCUUGUGCAUGCAGAGAAUCUCUUUAUGUAAUAUAUUUAGAGAAAAAUAAUUUGGGGGGGAAGGGGAAGGUCCUUAGACAAUGCUACUAGCCAAAAUAAAUGAAGUCACAAAAUGCAGUUUAUUACAUGGAAACAUACCACAAAUUGCGUCCCCUUGGGACAAAUUCAUCUAGGAUAAAGCUGUCAAGUCAUGUUCCUUGGCAUUUUACAAUUCAUUUAUUGGCUCUCUCAGUAAAGAUAAUUAUUGGUUUUUAAGAACUAAAGGUUUUUUGAGAUUUGAAAGAUUUUUGUCUUAGGGUGGAUGGAUAGUGACUGUUAGUGACUGUCAUGCUAUUUAGUAUCCUUAGAAGUUCGUUGUGGAAAGUGUUGGCAUAAUUUUCUGCACAGGUGGGGUAUCAGGUACCCACUAAAGACUCUUCUCAUGUUUUAUUACCUUGAGCAUGAAUUCCACUUGUGGCAAAUUAAAUCUUCUUUAAUUGGGACACAAUUUCCUAACAAAUGUCUCAAGGAAUAAGUAGAUGUUAUAUAAUGAAAGUGGAGAUAAGCCCCAAAUAAAAAAUUAAAAUUUUAAGACCUGCUUAGACUUUGUAGAUCCUAAAUUUUGUUAAUAAUGUUCUGUAAUGACUGCACAGUAACCAGCAUGUAUUAAGUAGAAAAAGAAAACAGCAUCCAAGGAGUGUUGUACUUUACCUAAAGCAAUGAAUUUUUUUUUUAAUUUCUAUUUUAAGUUAAUUUUUUUCAAAUUAGUUACAUCUUAUAGUAAUAAAAAUUCAAUCUGUUGUUAUUUCAUGUUAAAUCUAUUCAUUUUUUAUUCAUAAUAGGUUAUAAAACUUAAAGGUAUAUUGAGAGUAUUCCACUUUUAAAUAUUUUCUAGUCCUCAUCAGCUUACUUAAAAGUCAUGAUAUAUUGUACAGUCUAUUAAGAGAACAGAACUUUUGGGCUUUGUUGAGGGUCCUGAGUAUAAACAAAUGUAUACCUAACUGCCUACAUUCAGGGAUAGAGGAGUGGGUGGCAAAUUCAGUUUUAAUGUGUGUUUAAUAUAUUUAACCUAAGGUGCUAAAGCAUUUUUUUCAUUUGUUCUCAAGCUAUUCCUUGGAAAGGUAUCAAUAUUACUUGAUAACAUUAUACUAUUAGGGGGACAAGUAGAAAAAUGUUAUUGAAUUAGUCAUUCAUUGGUAGAUUUUACUCUGGAAAAAAGAUCUUUUUCCUCCCACUUGGUUUUAUUUUCUAAAGCAGAUAAUAAAGGAGGUACAGAAACAUUAUAAUAGUUGAUGACAAUCAAAUAUUUGUGAGCUAACAAUAAAUGAUGUGUAAAAUUAUGUACCUUAAUCUAUCUGGUAUAUCUUUCCAAGAAUGAAUUAUACACAAAUGAAUUUUCCAGGUAAAACUUAUGUCUUUCAAACAUCACUUUGGAUUAAAAACUUCCUUAUAUUCAGGAUCAUUAUGAAUGUCAGUUAUUGAACAGUAAUGUUCUUAGAAGAUGAAUAGAACUGUAAGGCACUAUGAUAAAUGACCAUGGACUUAAGACUGUGGUUUUUUCAGUUGUCUUUUUCUAGCUGUCAGUGUUUGUCUUGAUCAUUUAAAAAAAAAAAAAAAAAAGUCCUGCUUCUAAA